AUGAUGUUUCUCACACAAUCUUCAAUCUUACUGGCACUCACAGCAAGCGCGUUCGCGCACGGCACAUGCCCUCCAGACGUCUACGUCGUUGAGCCGAGCAAGGGCAAAGGGCUGGGUGUCUUUGCGCUGCAUGACCUUGAAAUCGGCGACAUCGUCAUGCGAGAAGCACCAAUACUAAAGAUCAAUCCGCCAGACUACGUCAGGGGCUCUGGAUAUCCCAUGGCCCAGGUCACAGAGCUCGUUCGAAAGGAGUUUGAGACACUCUCCGCAGACGCACAAGCUGAAGUCAUGUCCCUGACAUACCACGCAACCGCAGACGAAGAGGCAACUAUGGAGAAGCUCGGCAUCAUCUUCAGAACAAACGCAUACAACACCGACGAGCAAAUCGGUCUCUUCCCAAGAAUUGCCAGAAUCAACCACUCCUGCCGACCGAACACAAGCUACUACUGGGCCAAGAAGCUGAACAGGAGAGUCGUAUACGCAAGCAGGCCAAUCAAGAAAGGCGAAGAAUUUUUUGUCUCAUACAUCGGUCUUCUCUCAACGCAUGAACAGCGACAAAACCACCUCAAUCGCUACGGUUUCCAAUGCACCUGCUCCGCUUGCGCCGCCGAUCUCGCCAUCAAGCGCGCCAGCGACCGGCGGCGCCUCGAGAUCAGCAAGGCGUUCAUGGACUUCGAGCCCCAGUUGACGCUCGACGUACCCAAGUCCAAAUCAGCAAGGCGCCAAGCCCACAAAAAUGCUCAAGCAAUCUCACAGCUGGCUGAGCUUGUGGAGGAAGAGGGUCUUGCGGAUUACUACGCUAAGGCGUAUCGCAUUGCUGCAAUUAGUCAUGCGAGAGUUGAGGAGUGGCAGCCGGCGACGAUCUUUGCGAAUAAGGGGUACAGGCUCAAACAUAUGGAGGAUCCGGAAAGUGCGUUCACGGCUGAGAUGUACUCGCUCACAAGCAGCUUCAUACAGAGCUGGGAGGCUGAGUUGAAGAACCAGACAUCGAAGAAAGUAUCAAAGUAG